AAUCAUUACCAGAGGAAGCAUGGUUACUCACAAUAGAUAGACAUGCUUAGAAAAUAGGUGUAAUGCUCUACUGAGGGUUGUAUAUUUACAGUCUCUUCAAACCUUUAAUUGAAUUCUUUUUUCCUUCCCCACUAUUGUCCUCUCAUCUCACAAGCAAGUUCUAUAGCGGCACCAUUGGUGACCUCGGCAACGCCGUUGGGCGUCCUCCGCUCCUGCUGACAUCAGGACCGAGAAUCGUCCCGCAGGCCGCAACACGUUAUUUCCACUCUAGACGUCUAGUCUCGACGAGCAACUUUCCUUGAUGAACUUUUAAGUGAUUUAGACUCCGGAACUCUGCCAGCGUCUGCACAUUGGAAACUCCUGGGAGCAAGUGGAAUAUCGGUCGAGCGUGCAGUUAUCACAAGAGCUUGGAAGCCGUGGGUAGCCGGAACCUAAUAUUAUAAUAUCAUCGCCUCGUUAGGCUAUCAAUUCACCAAGAUGCCGAUGCAAAGACACGAAUAUGUCAGUGAUGUAUGGAGAGAUGGAAUCUUUGAGAACAAGGUGGUCUUCUGCACCGGCGGCGCCGGCUCCAUCUGCAGCGUGCAAGUGCGCGCCAUGGUGCAUCUCGGCGCCAACGCCGCCAUCAUCGGCCGCAAUGUCGAGAAGACGGAGAAGAUGGCCGCCGACAUCAUGACGGCGCGGAAGGGAUCCAAAGUCCUCGCUCUGGGCGGCGUAGAUGUUCGGAGCAUCGAGAGCUUGCAGGCCGCGGCGGAUCGGUGCGCGAAGGAGUUAGGGAGCAUUGAUUUCGUGAUUGCGGGAGCAGCGGGAAACUUUCUAGCACCGUUGGAGCAGAUUUCGUCGAAUGCAUUCAAGUCCGUUAUGGAUAUCGAUGUCCUGGGCUCAUACAACACCGUCAAAGCCACCAUCGGAUAUCUGAAAGAAUCGGCAGCCAAGUACAAGACCGACGGCAUCACUCCUCCUCCCCGCGGUACCGGCGGCCGCAUUAUCUUCGUCAGCGCCACUCUUCACUACUCCGGCACGGUCAUGCAAGGCGCCCCCUCAGUUGCGAAAGCCGGUGUCGAUGCACUGGCUCACUCCGUCUGUCUCGAAUACGGGCCCUUCGGCAUUACCUCCAACGUCAUCUCGCCUGGUCCCAUCUCCGGCACGGAAGGCAUGGAGCGACUGUCCAAGAAAGAGAACGCCGCCGCGUCCAAGCGCAUGAUCCCGUCGGGCCGAUGGGGGACCGUGAAGGAGAUUGCGGAUUCGACGGUCUAUUUGUUCUCGGAUGCGGCGAAUUACGUCAAUGGGGAGAUCCUUGUCGUGGAUGGAGGUGCCUGGCAUACAUCUGGUGUCGGCUCUGGUGGAGCGUUUGGGUAUCCCGAUUUCCUCUUCACGGGGAAGCCUGUGACCGGUGUCGCAGGGGGAAAGAAGUCGAAGUUGUAAGCGGUCGCUGUCCCGUUCAGAGCGCACUCGAUUAUAAGCACCUUACAACAGCGUUGGCUCGUUUGGAAACGUUAUCCAGUCGGCGUUCUCGAGGUUGCGGUUGCUAUGGCCAUUGGCGGAAGCGAUAUUAUUGAUCGGAUACUAGUAUACAGAGCGGAGUAUUCACCAUGUUUAACGGAACACAUUCUUGUGUUUUCGGAGCCCCCGGCAACAUAGGAAUUUAGAGCAUACAAGUAGUAUGAGUGUAUGACGA